AGCUGAGGCGCCUGCAGAAGCUGCAGGGAGGACACUGCCACCCACAGCCUCCCGAGCUCACUGGAGCAGGGACAGCGGACGCCCAGCGGUGCAGCCUGAGUUUGGCUGGGGGCGCCGAGGGCAGGAGCAGGAAAGAACCAUGUCCCCAGGCUGCCCGCGCCUCUGGGUCCUGCUGGUCCUGGGCUCCAGCUGGGCAGGCUGGGGGUCCACGGGGGCCGAGGCCGCGCGGCUGAGGCAGUUCUAUGUGGCUGCGCAGGGCAUCAGCUGGAACUACCGCCCGGAGCCCACAGACCCCAGUUUGAAUCCUUCUGCAACAACUUUUAAGAAAAUUGUCUACAGAGAGUAUGAAGCAUAUUUUCAUAAAGAAAAACCACAAUCUAAAACUUCAGGACUUCUUGGGCCUACUUUAUAUGCUGAAGUUGGAGACAUCAUGAGAGUUCACUUUAAAAAUAACGCAGACAAGCCCUUAAGCAUCCAUCCUCAAGGGAUUAAGUACAGUAAAUCCUCAGAAGGUGCCUCCUACGCUGACCACACGUUCCCUGCCGAGAAGCUGGAUGAUGCUGUAGCUCCCGGCCACGAAUAUACCUACGAGUGGACCAUCAGUGAGGACAGUGGGCCCACACAGGAUGACCCGCCAUGCCUCACGUACAUCUACUACUCCUAUGAAAAUCUGAUACAGGACUUCAACUCUGGGCUGAUUGGGCCUCUGCUUAUUUGUAAGAAAGGCACCCUCACCGAGGAUGGGAGUCAGAAGAUGUUUGACAGGCAGCAGGUGCUCAUGUUUGCUGUGUUUGAUGAAAGCAAGAGCUGGAGCCGGUCAUCAUCCGUCAUGUACACGGUCAACGGCUAUGUGCAUGGGACAAUGCCAGCUAUCACCGUUUGUGCCCAGGACCACGUCAGCUGGCAUCUGAUCGGCAUGAGCUCUGGACCAGAGCUGUUCUCCAUUCACUUCAAUGGCCAGGUCCUGGAGCAGAACCAUCGCAAGGUCUCAGCCGUGACCUUCGUCAGCGCUACGUCCACGACUGCUAACAUGACGAUGGGCCCGGAGGGGAAGUGGAUCAUUUCUUCUCUCAUCCCCAAGCACUUUCAAGCUGGGAUGCAGGCUCGCAUCAACAUUGAGAACUGCGCCAAGAAGACGCGGAGUCCUAAGUGGCUGACGCCAGAGCAGCGGCGACACAUGAAGAGGUGGGAAUACUUCAUCGCUGCAGAGGAAGUCAUCUGGGACUACGCACCCUUCAUUCCAAUGAACAUGGACAAAAAAUACAGAUCUCUGCACUUGGAUAAUUUCUCCAACCAAAUUGGAAAACAUUAUAAGAAGGUUGUGUACAAACAGUACCAAGAUGAGACCUUCACCAAACGCCUGGAGGAGUCCAGAAAUAAUGAAGACGGGAUCUUGGGCCCUGUUAUCAGAGCCCAGGUCAGAGACACGCUCAAAAUCACAUUCAGAAAUAUGGCCAGCCGCCCCUACAGCAUUUACCCUCAUGGUGUGACCUUCUCUCCUUUUGAAGACAACGUCAACUCUUCCUCCACCUCAGGCAGUAACACCAUGGUCAGAGCAGUUCAACCGGGCGAAACCUACACUUACAAAUGGAAUAUCCUGGAGUCUGAUGAGCCCACGGACAAUGACGCCCAGUGCUUAACAAGACCGUACUACAGUGAUGUGGACGUCACAAGGGACAUUGCCUCUGGGCUCAUAGGGCUACUUCUGAUUUGUAAGAGCAGAUCCCUGGACAGAAGAGGCAUACAGAGGGCAGCAGACAUCGAGCAGCAGGCUGUGUUUGCUGUGUUUGAUGAGAACAAGAGCUGGUACAUUGAGGACAACAUCAACAAGUUCUGUGAGAAUCCUGAGGAGGUGAAGCGUGACGACCCUAAGUUUUAUGAGUCAAACAUCAUGAGCACCAUCAAUGGCUACGUGCCCGACAGCAUCUCCACACUCGGGUUCUGCUUUGACGACACCAUCCAGUGGCACUUCUGCAGCGUGGGGACCCAGGAUGACUUUCUGACCAUCCACUUCAGUGGGCACUCCUUCAUCUACGGGAAGCGGCAUGAGGACACCUUGAGGCUCUUCCCCAUGCACGGGGAAUCGGUGACCGUCACGAUGGAUAAUGAGGGAACUUGGAUAUUAACCACCAUGAAUUCUAACCCAAGAAGCAAAAACCUACGGCUGAAAUUCAGGGAUGUUAAGUGUAAACCGAAUGGUGAAAAUGAUUAUGAAAAUGAUUAUGUAAUAUACAAACCUCCACCAUCUACAUCCAUGACUACACGGAAAAUUCAUGGGUCUUCAGAAAACCAGGGUGAAGGAGGUGAGACUGAAGAUGAUUACGAUAGUCAGUUGGCUUCGUACUUUGGAAUUAGGUCAUUCAGAAAUUCAUCACUGAAUCAGGAGGAAGAUGAGUUCAAUCUUACUGCCCUAGCCCUGGAGAAUAGCUCUGACUUCAUCCCUCUAAGUACUGAUACAGCCGUUGAUUCAAAUUCUUCUUCCCCAAGUGACAGCGGGCUCAUUGACAAUAAAUUUGCCGAACCUAACAAAACCCUUCCUCACCCUGAAACCACCACAGCUGGUUCUCAGGUGGGGCACAGCUUAGAAAAGAGCUCAGUUCUCGGCCCUUUCACAGCAGAGCAUCCCAGCCCUUAUUCUGAAGUCCCUAUAGAGGAUCCUCUACCGCCAAAGGUCACAGGGACAAGCCUCCUACCACUUGGUGCAGAAGGAUUCAGAAGCCAAGGGCAUGCUCAACAUAAGGGAUUAGAGGCAAGGCACAGGUUCUUCUGGAUGAAAUUUCUAGGACAUAAAACAGGAAGACAUUUAAGCCAAAGCAACUAUUCUUCCAUCAUGGGGCCCUGGAAGGACCUUCCCAGUGAUCUCUUAAAACACAAGACUCUCUCUAAGAAUUUGAAUGGGAAAUGGCAUUUGGUUUCUGAAAAAGGUAGCUAUGAAAUAAUCCCCGAGGCUGAUGAAGACAUGGCGGUUAAUAGGCUGCAGAACAGCCCCCAGAAUGCCUCAAGGACAUGGGGAGAACGCAUCCCUCUUACCAACAAGCAUGGGGAGCAAGGUGGCCACCCAAAGUUUCCUGGAAUUAGACAUAAAUUUCUACAAACAAGACCUGGAGGAAGCAGUAGAGUGAAGAACAGCACUUUUCUCAUUCGAACACGAAAAAGGAAGCCUAUACACCACGCUCCUCUCUCUCCAAGGAGCUUUCCCAGAGGAGAGGGCAACCUCACCCUCCCAGACGCCCUUCACAAGGCCAAGGAGACGCCUCCUCCCACCGACCUCACCCAGACAUUGCCCCAUGGGACUCUCAGCCUGGCAGCCUCACUUCCCGACCAUAAUCUCAGUCUCCCAGACAGCACUGGUCAGACAAGCUUCUCGCCAGACGUGUAUCAGACAGUGCCCCCCGAACAGCUCUACCAAACGUUCCCGAGUCAAGACUCUGAUCAAACACAGUUCCCUCCAGGCCCCAGUCAAGAAGCUUCUCCAGAGCCUGGCCAGAUGCCUGACUAUGUUGGAGGAACCCAGUCCUUCCCUACCAACACUGGACAAGUGUCCCCUUCCUUAGAACGUGAAGUCUGGCAGACAGCCAUCCCUCCAGAACUUAGUCAGAUGACCCUUUCCCCUGACCUCAGUCAGAUGACCCUUCCCCCUGCCUUCAGUCAGACAACCCUUUCCCCUGACCUCGGCCAGAUGACCCUUUCCCCUGACCUCGGCCAGACGACCCUUUCCCCUGACCUCAGUCAGAUGACCCUUCCCCCUGACUUCAGUCAGACAACCCUUUCCCCUGACCUCGGCCAGAUGACCCUUUCCCCUGACUUCAGUCAGAUGACCCUUCCCCCUGACCUCGGUCAGACGACCCUUUCCCCUGACCUCGGCCAGACGACCCUUUCCCCUGACCUCAGUCAGAUGACCCUUCCCCCUGACCUCAGUCAGACGAUCCUUUCCCCUGACCUCGGCCAGACAACCCUUUCCCCUGACCUCGGCCAGGAGACCCUUUCCCCUGACCUCGGCCAGAUGACCCUUCCCCCUGACCUCGGCCAGACGACCCUUCCCCCUGACCUCGGCCAGGUGACCCUUUCCCCUGACCUCGGCCAGACGACCCUUUCCCCUGACCUCAGCCAGGAGACCCUCUCUCCAGACUUCAGACAUGCAACUCUCUCUCCAGACAUCACUCAGACAGGCCUUCCUCCUGAUCUCAGGCAGACAUCAUCUCCUCCAGACCUUGGUCAAACAGCCUACACGUUCGAAUCCAAUCCGUCCUCGCCUCUUCCAGAAUUUGAUCCUACUUUUCCUUAUUCAGACUUUGGUCAGAUGCCAUCUCCGCAGCCAUCUCCUUCACUGAAUAACACUUUGAUAGCAAGUGAAUUUAAUCCACCCAUUGUGUUUGGCUUCAGUGGAGAAGAUGGAGAGUACAUUGAGAUUACACCGAGGAAGAAACAACAGAGCAGCGAAGAGGCUCCUGAAACACAGUAUACGGCCUACGAUGACCCUUACCAAACCGAUAUUAGGGUAGACACCAACUCCCCCAGAAAUCCGGACAGCAUUGCAGCAUCAUACCUCCGCAGCAGCUAUGGGAACAAAAAAUAUUACUACAUUGCUGCGGAAGAAAUAUCCUGGGAUUACGCAAAAUAUGCACAAAGUGACGUGGAUAGCGAAGACACUGAUGAGCUUCCCGAGGACACCAUUUACAAGAAAGUUGUUUUCCGGAAGUACCUGGAUGGGACUUUCACCCAGCGGGACCCCCGGGGAGAGUCUGAGGAGCACCUUGGCGUUCUUGGUCCUGUUAUCAGAGCUGAGGUGGAUGACGUGAUCCAAGUUCGUUUUAAAAACUUAGCAUCCAGACCGUAUUCUCUUCAUGCCCAUGGGCUUUCCUAUGAAAAGUCGUCGGAGGGAAAGACUUAUGAAGAUGAGUCUCCCACGUGGUUUCAGGAAGACAAUGCUGUUCAGCCAAACGGCAGCUACACCUACGUGUGGCAUGCCACCAGGAGAGCGGGGCCGGAGAACCCCGGCUCUGCCUGUCGGGCGUGGGCCUACUACUCAGCAGUGAACACGGAACGGGACAUCCACUCGGGCCUGAUAGGCCCCCUUGUGAUCUGCCGGAAAGGAACGCUGAACAGGGAGAGCGGAAUGCCCGUGGACAUGAGGGAGUUCAUCUUGCUUUUCAUGGUCUUUGAUGAAAAGAAGAGCUGGUACUAUGACAAGAAACACCAAAGUUCCUGGAGACGUGGAUCCUCAGAAGCAGAGCCCUCCCACACGUUCCAUGCCAUCAACGGGAUGAUUUACAAGCUGCCUGGCCUGAGGAUGUACGAGCAGGAGUGGGUGAGGUUGCACCUGCUGGACCUGGGCGGCUCCCGGGACAUCCACGUGGUUCACUUCCACGGCCAGACCCUGCUGGAGAACGGCACUCAGCAGCACCAGCUCGGCGUCUGGCCCCUGCUGCCUGGUUCAUUUAAAACUCUUGAAAUGAAGGCAUCAAAACCUGGCUGGUGGCUCCUAAACACGGAGGUCGGAGAAAACCAGAUAGCAGGGAUGCAAACGCCUUUUCUCAUCAUAGACAGAGAAUGUAAGAUGCCACUGGGACUAAGCACAGGCCUCAUAACUGAUACCCAGAUCAAGGCGUCAGAGUUUGUGGGUUACUGGGAGCCCAAAUUAGCAAGAUUAAACAAUGGUGGAUCAUAUAAUGCAUGGAUGACAGAAAAAACUUCAGAAUUUAACUCUAAACCUUGGAUCCAGGUGGAUAUGCAAAGGGAAGUCAUAUUCACAGGCAUCCAGUCCCAAGGUGCCAAACACUACCUGAAGUCCUACUUCACCACCGAGUUCUGCGUGGCCUACAGCUCCGACCAGACCAACUGGCACAUUUUCAAAGGGAACAGCACAAGAAACGUGAUGUAUUUUGAUGGCAACUCCGACGCCUUUACAGUAAAAGAAAAUCUGUUUGACCCACCGAUUAUGGCAAGAUACAUUAGGGUCUAUCCAACCAGAUUCUACCACAGGCCUGCCCUGCGCCUGGAGCUGCAAGGCUGUGAGAUUAAUGGAUGCUCCACCCCACUGGGUGUGGAAAGUGGGAAGAUAGAAGACGCGCAAAUCACAGCUUCCUCCUUUAAAAAGUCCUGGUGGGGGGAUUACUGGGAGCCCUCCCGUGCCCGCCUGAAUGCCCAGGGCCGGGUGAAUGCCUGGCAGGCCAAGGCGAACAACAACAAGCAGUGGUUACAAAUCGACCUGCUCAAAAUCAAGAAGAUAACUGCGAUUGUUACGCAGGGUUGCAAAUCCCUCUCCUCUGAAAUGUACGUGAAGAGCUUCGCAGUCCACUACAGUGACCAGGGAGUGGAAUGGAAGCCUUACAGGCAGAAAUCCUCCAUGGUGGACAAGAUUUUUGAAGGAAAUAGUAAUACCAAAGGGCAUGUGAAGAACUUUUUCAACCCUCCAAUCAUUUCCAGGUUUAUCCGUAUCAUCCCGAAAACAUGGAAUCAAAGUAUUGCCCUUCGCCUGGAGCUCUUCGGCUGUGAUAUUUACUAGAAUUGAAUAUUCAGAGAGACAGGAAGGACUCUUAAAUGUAUCAAGCCACUUUGAGUGGACAAUGUAUUUUAUAGUUAUGUUAAAUUCUCUAUUAGAGAAUAAAAUUUUAUAUGUGAAAUUUUUAUAAUGUAACUCCUGGCUACCAUUAAUUGAGAUGAUAGCUGGUAUUUUUGCAUUAAUUUGAAUGUAAAUGGGAAAA